ACUCACAAGCAUAUAGUGAUUUCUUGAGAAAAAAAGAGAAGAAUGAAGAUUAUAUUUGUGCUUUAUUUCACGAUUCUUCUUCCUUUAGCUUUAGCACAACUAAAAGUAGGGUUUUACAAGACAAGUUGUCCUCGAGCUGAAUCCAUUGUUAAAGCCGCUGUUCAAAAACGUUUCAACACUGAUAAAUCCAUCACUGCCGCCUUGCUUCGCAUGCAUUUUCAUGAUUGUUUCGUUAGAGGAUGUGAUGCAUCGAUUCUGAUAGAUUCGACCAAUCAAAGCCGAUCAGAGAAAGAAUCCGGUCCCAACUUGACAGUACGCGGAUACGAGCUCAUCGAUGAAGCAAAGAAAGCCUUAGAAAAGGUUUGCCCAUCAAAAGUUUCAUGUGCUGACAUCAUAACCCUAGCCACCCGAGACUCCGUUGUUCUUGCCGGUGGACCGUCUUACGACGUUCCGACGGGAAGACGAGACGGUCGGGUCUCGAAUAUCAACGAAGUUAACUUACCGGGACCGUCGUUAUCGGUUUCACAAGCUUUCCAAUCUUUUAAGGAUAAAGGCCUGACAAUGGACGAUAUGGUUACACUUUUAGGUAGCCAUACAGUUGGUGUGGCACAUUGCUUUUUCUUCUCGGGUCGGCUUACGAAUUUCCAAGGGACAGGGAAACCCGACCCGAGUAUGGAUGCGGGUUUGGUGACUACGCUGAAAGGGAUUUGUGGUAAUGGAUCGAACCCUACGGCGUUUCUGGACCAGGGCACGUCUUUUAGUUUUGAUAAUGAGUUUUAUAGGCAGAUUCGGGGGAAGAAAGGGGUGAUGAAGAUAGAUCAAGAGUUGGCUGAUGAUAGAUUAUCGAGUGGAAUCGUAUCGAGAUUUGCUUCAAAUGCGAAUUUGUUUAGAACAAGGUUCGCUCAAGCUAUGGUGAAGAUGGGGAAUAUUCAAGUUCUUGUUGGAAAUGCUGGAGAAAUUAGGAAAAAUUGUAGAGUUAUUAACUAAAUGAGUUUCAUCUUCAAAUAAAUCGAAAUAUGUACUCAUCUUGAAGUAAAUGAAGGAGUUAAAAUUUCUUGAGUUGUCAGAA